AGAGCUGCGCGCAUAGAAGAAGCUCUCAGACCAGUCAGUGUCUUCAUGGAGUUAUGCACCUCUGAUGCGCCGCCAUGGAUUGCAAUUCGCGAUCACAGCUUUUCCUCUUACCGCUUUUACUGUCUCUCGUGCUUCCAGCUUUCACCGUCGUCUACCCACCGAAUGAAGUCAACCUGUUAGAUUCUAAAGCAAGCCAAGGAGAGUUAGGAUGGAUUUCCUACCCGUCACAUGGGUGGGAGGAGAUCAGUGGGGUGGAUGAGCACUAUACACCCAUCAGGACUUUCCAGGUGUGCAAUGUGAUGGAGUACAGCCAGAACAAUUGGCUUCGCACCAACUGGAUCCCUCGUCAGUCGGCCCAGAAGAUCUAUGUCGAACUGAAAUUUACACUGAGGGACUGCAACUCCAUCCCAUUAGUCCUGGGCACAUGCAAGGAGACCUUCAACCUUCUCUACUUGGAGACGGAUGACGACCAAGGCAGUCACUUCCGAGAACACCAGUUCUCCAAAAUUGACACCAUUGCUGCGGAUGAAAGUUUCACUCAAAUGGACCUUGGCGACCGCAUUCUGAAACUUAACACUGAAGUUCGUGAAGUGGGCCCCAUGACCAAGAAGGGCUUCUACCUGGCAUUCCAGGACGUGGGUGCCUGUGUAGCUUUAGUCUCUGUGAGGGUUUACUUUAAAAAGUGCCCAAACACAGUGAAGAAUCUGGCCUCCUUUCCUGAUACAGUGCCCAUGGACUCCCAGUCACUGGUUGAGGUGAAAGGUUUAUGUGUCAAUAACUCGAAAGAGGAGGAGCCACCGCGAAUGUACUGCAGCACAGAGGGCGAGUGGCUUGUGCCUAUUGGAAAAUGUCUGUGCAAUCCAGGCUUUGAAGAAAGGAGCAACACCUGUCAAAUGUGCAGGGCUGGCUUUUACAAAUCCACACUUGGAAACGUGGAGUGUUCCAAGUGUCCGCCUCAUAGUUAUGCUCACCAUGAAGGGUCAUUGCAUUGUGGAUGUGAGAAAAACUACUUCCGUGCUGAGGGAGACCCAGCCUCCAUGGCCUGCACACGCCCUCCCUCAGCUCCUCGUAACGUUAUCUCCUCCAUCAACGAGACCUCCGUUAUCCUAGACUGGAGCUGGCCAGAGGACACAGGUGGCCGCAGGGACCUCACCUUUACUGUCCUCUGCAAACGAUGCCGGGCUGGAGCUGCAAACGGAAGCAAUGGUGGCAGCCCCAGAUGUGAACCCUGCCGAAGCAACGUACGCUUUCUUCCAAGAGCCGCAGGCCUCCAAAACACCACUGUGACAGUGGGGGACCUCCUAGCUCACACCAACUACACGUUCGAGAUUGAGGCACAGAAUGGAGUCUCGUCACUGGCGCCCAUGAUGAGGCAGUAUGCCGCUGUCACCAUCACCACCAAUCAAGCCGCUCCCUCUCCAGUAAUAGUGAUCAAAAAGGAGAAGACAUCACGGAAUAGUGUUUCCUUGUCUUGGUUGGAGCCAGAGCGACCGAAUGGUAUUAUCCUCGACUACGAGAUCAAAUACUAUGAAAAGGAGGAGCAGGAGACCAGCUACACAAUCCUUCGGGCCCGGGGUUGUAAUGUGACUCUGAACGGUCUCAAGCCCAACACUGCCUACCUGCUGCAGAUCAGAGCCCGCACAGCAGCUGGAUAUGGAGCCAGCAGCCCCACUUUCCAGUUUGAGACAAGUCCUGACUCAGCCUUCUCCAUCUCCAGUGAGAGUAGCCAGGUUGUUCUAAUCGCCAUUUCGUCAGCAGUGGCCAUCAUCCUGCUCACUGUGCUGCUCUACGUCUUGAUUGGCAGGUUUUGUUGCCACAGCAAAUCCAAACACCCUGAUGAGAAAAGACUGCACUUUGGCAACGGCCACCUGCGUCUGCCAGGUAUUAAGACGUACAUAGACCCCCACACAUAUGAGGACCCAAGCCAGGCUGUGCACGAGUUUGCUAAAGAGCUGGAUGCCUCUUGCAUAGCCAUUGAUAAAGUGGUGGGAGCAGGUGAAUUUGGUGAGGUGUGCAGCGGUCGCCUGAAGCUGCCCAGUAAGAAGGAGAUCUGCGUGGCCAUCAAAACUCUGAAAGGAGGAUACACAGACAAACAGAGGCGGGACUUCCUUUCUGAAGCGUCAAUCAUGGGACAGUUUGACCAUCCCAACAUCAUAAGGCUGGAGGGUGUGGUGACACGCAGUAAGCCUGUUAUGAUUGUCACAGAAUAUAUGGAGAAUGGCUCACUGGACAGCUUUUUAAGGAAACACGACGCCCAGUUCACUGGAAUUCAGUUGGUUGGUAUGCUGCGUGGCAUCGCCUCAGGCAUGAAGUAUCUGUCAGACAUGGGCUACGUUCACAGAGACCUUGCUGCACGAAACAUUUUAGUCAACAGCAACCUGGUGUGUAAAGUGUCAGACUUCGGCUUGUCAAGGGUCCUGGAGGAUGACCCCGAAGCUGCUUACACCACAAGGGGAGGUAAGAUCCCUAUCCGGUGGACAGCUCCAGAGGCAAUUGCUUACAGGAAGUUUACGUCAUCGAGUGAUGCUUGGAGUUAUGGCAUCGUGCUCUGGGAAGUAAUGUCGUAUGGCGAACGGCCUUACUGGGAGAUGUCCAAUCAAGAUGUAAUAAAGGCUGUAGAUGAGGGUUACCGCCUUCCCCCACCCAUGGACUGCCCUGCUACACUUUACCAGCUGAUGCUAGACUGCUGGCAGAAAGAAAGGAACAACCGGCCCAAGUUUGAACAGAUAGUCAGCAUCCUGGACAAACUUAUACGCAACCCCGGUAGUCUGAAAAUUACAGCCAACACCACAUCAAGGCCGGCCAACUUGUUGUUGGAUAGAAGUAGUUCAGAGGUUCCCUCAAUGGGGACGAUGGGUGACUGGAUGGAUGGAAUGAGGACCUUGCCCUGCAAUGAGGCCUUCUCUGGGGUCAGCUACAGCUCCUGUGAUACCCUGGCUAAGGCUUCCACAGAUAGAGUGAUUCUGACAGAGGUCCACGUCACACCAGCAACUUGCCCAGAAUGGGAGCCGUCCAUGGGGAUCACCACUCUCUAACACGCAGUUCCUCUCCUUUCGAUUCCUCGGACUCUGGAUGGGAUUUGAAAAAGGUUGGAGUGACAAUUGCAGGACCACAGAAGAAGAUCGUGAGCAGCCUCAAAGCCCUAGAAUCUCACACCAAGAACGUCCCUGUACCUGUUUAAAAGAUGAAGCCAACAGAGGAAAAUCACCAGGAGCAUGGGAGCUAAUUGCUUGCUAAUACACACUGUGUAUACAUAGUGAUGAUGGCAGAUGACUGAUAGGGAAUUAAACAAUUAUGGGCUUUUGUUGAACACAUAAAGUCCUGGCAGAGAAAUGGAAAGAGCCCAGUAUAGCAAACCAGUUAUCUGGCCGACUCUUGAACUCUCCAUUGAUCCAUUCUCAAAUUGAGAUGCCUUACAGACACACAAAGAGUGGCGGCGGGUUGGGUUUUAAAGAUGCACAUUGUGAACUAACAUGGCCGAACAGAAAUGGUCAGGGAUGAAGCCAAGUUGGCUGGACUGGGUUGCAAGGGCGAACAAAGGCCAAAGCUGCAGCCCUCGGUACCAGUCAAGGUGGAUGGCAUUUCCCUCCGUUUAUUGCCAGCCUGUGGUGCUUGGUGGCGCCUCCCGUUACACCUGGUCAGCAACAUGUGUCGAGCAAGACAGUUAGCAUAGCAGCAUGGAAUACAGCAGCAGCAGCUGAUCACGUGUGGACCCUUCCUGGACUAAUGAAGAUUUUUGGGGUGUCCCCCCCCCCCCAACUACCUACACAUUAACCCAAUCUGUUCUAAUCUUGAGCAUUCUGUAGGCUUGCCACAUAAAAGCAAUAAUGAUGAUAAUCAGAUAUGAGAUUGCUUUGUUCGGAAGCCAUGACCAUGCUACACUCGCAGUGGAUUGAACAGCAAGCUUUGAAGGUAUAGGAGCAAUAACACACUUCACACUCUUUAUUUGACAAAUGUAAGGUAAAUGUGAUACAAGCAGAUAUUGUAACGUUAUAGUGCUGUUUCGACCUUUGUGUGAAAUCUCAGGAUGCACACGUUAUUUGAUCUAUAUUUUCUCUAACAAGUGGAAACGGAUGAAGUGAACAGAGUGAACCGGAGCAGGGAAUUGAGAGUGCACGGUAAGAGAGAUGAGACUGAGAAAUUGUUAAGUUGGAAAUGGGACGUAAAAGCUGAAGCAGUGUUUUUCCACACUUCUCCUUCAGAUAUUCUUUUUGUGGAAUGGAUGUGUUUUCAACUGCAGGUGUAAAUGUACUUAAGUUUAUUUUCCUGGGAAAGAAAAGUUUCAUUCAGCAAUAACACUUAGAUUCUUUCGUCAAUUAAGCUGGGCAUACACUCAAGACACUGAAAAAUGAAAGACUUUUUACAACCUGAUUCGUAGUCAGGCAACUCUGAAAUAUGGCACAAUUUAAAGUCCGGUCGGGCCUCAUCACAGGAUGAUCUGAUGACUUGUGACAAAAAUAUUUCAGAAAUUUGCACUGUCCUGAUAGUUUUCUUAGACAGUUGAAAUUGUUACAACUAGAUUUCCCAAUCUCUGAAACUCUUUCUUGCUGUGCCGGCACAAAGUAGAUGAACAGUCAUAAACCGUGUCUUAGAAGCAUAAUGAUAAGGGAAGCAACUACAUCACUGUUAGCUUUGUUUUUAGCAUUAGCAUCCCCACAGACAUAGAGACGACUCUUCUUCUUGGUUUGUUUUGACACUCUGCAACACUUUAAAAUGCACUCUGCUGACACUUACAGGACUUAAGUGGAACAGCAAUGACCCAAAAGUACCAAUACAGAAGUUGCAGCCUUUUGUGGAAUUGAACACCAACACUAAAUCGUGCAGAGUAUGCCCAGAUUUGGUCGAAAGCAACACAAAAACUUUGACAGGGACAUGAGAAUUAUAGUCUGCUAUCCUUAGUCUGAGAACAUGUUUAACAAAAGCCAAGGGAAUACAGGUUUCCUAUUUUCUUGAAUGAACUGUUGAUGGGGUUAAUCCAAAACAUGAGUGCCUCAUUAUGUUUGGGUUGGAUCAUGUUGGGAUCACCAUGCAAACACUCAUGGUUUAACUGAGUAGGAUUUAGCACCAUUACCAUAUACAAAGUGUGAAGUUUUGCUUAAAACUGCUAAUAUGAGAUCAAAAUACAAAAUGUCCAGAAAGGGAUUCCAUGAAUGCACCUUUACAUUUGGAUGGUCCACAGUAUAGAGGUACAUUUGCAUGGAUUCUGGUCAAUGACACAGUAUUAUGAACUGGUACUACUAUACUUUUGGACUAGAAACAUUCAACUACAGUACAAUGGUGCACUCCAAAUGCACUUAAUACACAAUGUGUGAGCACUUUCCUUUACGUAGGAAUUUUAUCGGCUUGGCUGGAGAUUAAAUUUACCCAGUGAACAGAGAUGAUGAUGGUGCUUUUGGGAAACCCCAGCUCUGUUCACAGUAUCGGUAUAUCCAAUGUUCUACCUGUGGAUGCUGCUGUUGCUGACUAGCAUGUACAUAAUGUAAACCAUCAUAACUAUAUAGCAACUAGCCCGACAGAUCCUGCAAUAUGUACAUGCCAUCCUUCUUUGUACAAAUUUUUGUAUGUAUAAAAAGAUUACAAAUUGUGCAACAAUUUUAAUUAAAAAAGAGACAAAAAGCAUCUGUAUUAUACUUUAUCUUGUUUUGAAUUAUAUUUGUCAGCCUGUUUUUAUUUUCUACAAUAAAAACGCAAUUGUGAUUACAUAAUUAUUUAUUUGUUAACAUUACACAGCACAGUGUUUGUUUUGUUGUUGUUGUUUUUUUUUGUUUGUUUUUCGAAGCUUACAGUAAAUUAUGUGUCAGUGUUAUCUGUGUUUUUUUUUGACUUAUUUUAUCAACCUGGGACAUCUGAGAGAGCAAUACUGUUAUGCACCCCAUAUCCAGAACCCUUCCUUUCUGUCUCAAGACUGACCCGUGUGUUUGUGUGAGAGUUUACGUGUUCAAACGUAGCUGGCCUUGUCAACUAAUGUAAAAGGAUUUGUAGUGGAAACAUUUAUAUUUUUAUAAUAAAUAUUCUCAAAAUAUUUUCCAAAAAAGUAAUGAUGAUA